AUGCCUAGAGGUCAAUUAAUACUAAUAGAAGGAUUAGAUAGAACAGGAAAAUCAACUCAAUGUUUAAAUUUAAUUAAAAAAUUUUCAAAAUCAAAAUUAAUAAAAUUUCCAGAAAGAUCAACUCAAAUUGGAAAAUUAAUAAAUGAAUAUUUAACAAACCCCAAUUUUAAAUUAAAUGAUCAAUCUGCUCAUUUAUUAUUUAGUGCUAAUAGAUGGGAAUUAAAUGAUGAAAUUGAAAAAUUAUUAAAUGAUGAAUAUUUUGUUAUAUUAGAUAGAUAUAUUUAUUCUGGUUUAGCUUAUACAUUAGCAAAAAAUAAAGUAGACACUACAAAUGAUACAAAUAAAGAUGAUAAAUCUAAAAAUAUAACAAAUAGUGAAAAUAAAAUUAAUUUAUCUAAUUUAGAAUGGUUAUUAACACCAGAUAAAGGUUUACCUAAACCAGAUUUAACAUUAUUUUUAACUUUAAAACCAGAAGAAAUAUCCAAAAGGAAAGGAUUCGGACAAGAAAGAUAUGAACAAGAAACAUUUCAAGAAAAUGUAAGAGAACUGUUUUUAAAAAUUCUUAAUGAUUUAAUUUUAAAAGGAGAUGAUUCUAUAAAAAUUAUUGAUAUAAAUAAUAUGAAUAUUGAUACUAUAACUAAUUUAUUAUGGGAAAUGAUUGAAGAUGUUGGUGGAAAUAAAUUAACAAAUAAUCCAAUAAAACGUAUAUAA